AUGUUGUCAAAUCUGUCAACGUAUUACGGCGAAGAGUCGAUCCAAGGUCGCAGCGGCAGCCGCGACAGUGGGGUUGCUGUAAAUAGUGUGGAUGGCUACGACACAACAGACAGCGGUUGCAGCACUCAUGGAGUUACCUCUGGAGAUAGCAACACGGCUGCUUUCGAGCCGGUGGCAAUUUGCGGUAUGGGAAUGAGGCUUCCUGGAGGUGUGAACGAUCCAGAUGCCUUUUGGGAUAUGCUCGUGAACAAGCGCGACGGGCGAUGUCCGGUGCCCAAAGACCGCUAUAAUGCUGGGACAUGGCAUGCGCCAGGUAGAAAGAGACAUGUUCCUAGUGAUCAUGGCUACUUUCUGGACAGCAGCAUCGAUAUCAAGAACGCCGAUGCUUCCUUCUGGUCAAUGACGAAGAAGGAGCUCGAGAUAUUGGAUCCACAGCAACGUUUAAGUCUGGAAGUAGUCUACGAAACACUUCAGAGAGCAGGUCAAAAGCCCUCUGAGCUCCGAGGAAGAAAGAUUGGUGUUUGGGUUGGCAGCUUUGGCGGUGACCGGGCUGAGCUGGACGCCGCCGACCCACAAACCGUUCAUCCCUACAACCUACUCAAUGGCUUCGACUCUAUGCCGGCAGAUCGGAUUCACUACGAGUUCGGCUUCAUGGGUCCGAGCGUUACUGUUCGAACAGCUUGCAGCUCCUCACUGCUGGGCUUACACCAAGCCUGCUAUGCUCUGAUACAUGGCGAUUGCGAAGCAGCGGUUGUAGCCGGCACUAGCAUCAUAUACUCGCCCACUCUCACAGCCACGAUGAAUGAUCAUAACGUUCUAUCUCCUUCAGGUACAUGCAAGACGUUCGAUGCUGAGGCAGAUGGCUCUGUACGUGGAGAGGCUGUUGUCGCUGUUUACGUCAAGAGACUCAGCGACGCGGUUCGAGACGGGGACCCAAUCUGCUCAGUGGUUCUUUCCACAGCGAGCAACUCUAGUGGCAAGUCCUCCACGAUGACAGCACCGAAUCCAGAUGCCCAGGAAGAAUUGAUCCGGAGAGCACAUGAGGUCGCCGGCAUCAAGGACUACUCCAGGACGGCGAUGAUGGAGUGUCAUGGGACAGGGACGCCAGUUGGUGAUCCUCUUGAAUGCGAGGCCGUGGGACGCGUCUUCGGAGAUCAUGGCGGCAUCUACAUUGGCUCGGUGAAGACCAAUAUUGGACACGUUGAAGGUGCCGCUGGCCUUGCAAGUGUUUUGAAGAUGACGCUUGCUCUUCAGAACGACAUGAUACCGCCAAAUGCAAGCUUCAAAUCUCCCAACCCCAAGAUUCCAUUCGAUCGCUACCAACUAAAGGUUCCUGCACAAGCCAUUCCAUGGCCCCAAGAGAAAGACAGAGUCGUUGGUGUCGGUUCGUAUGGUGUCGGUGGCUCCAACGCUUACGCCCUCCUGGCCUCAGUCGACCACGUCGGGGUUAAAGAUGGAAGAAUAACGACGAAGGCGACGAAGUCCCUCCCUGCAGUGGUGCCAAUUGGCUCAGAGCCUCCUCGGCUUCUUCUUUUUUCCGCCAAGCAUCCCGUGGCACUCGAGAAGAUGGUGAAGCGCCAUCAGGCUUACAACCUAGCCCACCCAGACCGAUUGAGCGACGUAGCGUAUAACUUGGCAAAGAAACGGGAGUUGCUAAGCUACCGUGCUUGCUGCGUGUCGAAUGGUAUUGAUGACUUCCCAAUACUCAAGCCGACUCGACAUGGUAAUUACGACCCUGCUCAAUUGGUUUUCGUGUUCACCGGACAGGGCGCGCAGUGGGCACAGAUGGGGAAGUCCCUCGUGGAGAACAUUCCCCCAUUCAAACUUUCAUUGGUUGCGAUGGACAGUCUGUUGCAACAGUUACCAGACGGUCCGACAUGGAAUUUAAUAGACGAGAUGUUGGCACCGAAAAGAACUUCCAGAAUCAACAAUGGGCAAGUCUCGCAGGUUUGCUGUGCAGCUCUUCAGUUGUGUCUUGUAGACCUCUUAAAGACAUACAACAUCAAGCCAGCAGCGGUGCUGGGCCACUCGUCAGGAGAAAUCGCAGCUGCGUAUGCCUGUGGGGCAAUUACUCAACGCGAAGCCAUCAUCAUUGCCUACUAUCGUGGCAAGGUAUUGGGGGCCGUAGAGGACUCAGUUGGUGGUAUGGCUGCCAUCGGGAUGGGGAAAGCGCAGGUCACGCUAUACCUUCGGCCUGGCGUGUUGGUCGGAUGCGAAAACAGCCCAAACAGCGUCACACUAACCGGAGACAAGACUUCUCUCGAUCUGGUAGUCACGGAGCUAAAGAAGGCACAUCCGGACGUACUUGCCAGAGCUCUGCAAGUGGAUAGGGCAUAUCACUCCCAUCACAUGCAAGCUGUUGCUUCGCAAUAUGUCGACCUGCUUCGACCACAUGUGCAGCCUCGUGACCCAAAGACACCCUUUUUCUCUAGUGUCACAAACCAGCUCAUAUGCAAGGGGGCUGAACUUGGCCCCGAUUACUGGGUCCAGAACUUGGUAUCACCGGUUCGCUUCAGUGGAGCUGUGAGCAAAGCAUUGCACACCCUUAAUUCCGAGAAGGCUUUCCUAGAGAUCGGUCCACAUUCUGCUCUUGCAGGUCCUAUUCGACAAAUCUUAGGGGCUGAGAAAAUCAACGCCGAGUAUAUCGCCACCCUCAUUCGCGGCCAGGACGCUCAUCAAGAACUCCUCCGUGCUGUGGGCGAGCUGUGGCUACGUAACCAUCCGGUGGCCUUGGAUCGCGUGUUCGACGAAGGAAACAUUCUGACAGACCUCCCGUCGUACCUUUGGCACUAUGAAGGGCCACUGUGGCAUGAGUCUAGGCUCUCCGAAGAGUAUCGUCUACGCAAGUUUCGGCAUCAUGAACUCCUUGGCAGUAGGGUUUUGCAAAGCACAAACAGAAGUCCAGCUUGGCGAAAUCUGCCACGUCUAGAGGAUGUGCCCUGGAUUGCAGAGCACGAGGUUGAAGGGACCAUUAUUCUUCCUGGCGUCUCAUACUUGUGUAUGGCUGGUGAAGCUGCUAGACAGCUCACAGGAAACCCCAAUUUCACGUGCAAACAAGUUCACUUCAGUGCGGCUCUGCCCAUGACGUACGAGAGCCAGACGGAAAUCGUUACUCAACUCAACCAAAUAAGUCUCACCGACUCAAUCGACUCGGAUUGGUACGAGUUCACCAUUUCCAGCUACCAGGACGAAGACUGGGUGAAGCACGCGUAUGGAAAGGUCCGAGGUGACAGCGAAUCGUCGAAUAGUAGCCUGGGACAGUGUGAUGCCAAAGACUUUAGCAGCGUAUUCUCGAGGGUGUGCUCCUCCGCCUCGUGGUAUCGCAAGUUUAGGUCCCUCGGCCUGGAGUAUGGCCCACGCUUCAGCGGCAUGGACGUCGCAGCCGAUCCCAUAACACUGCAGAUCAAGGGGACUUUGAAGCUUGACCUACUACCGGGAGAGGAAAAUUACUAUUCUGUACACCAAGGGGCGUUGGACCGUCCUGUUCAAAGCUUAUAUGUGGCCGCCGCCCAUGGUCUCACGCGAAAUUGCAACUCGCUAGCACUAGUUGCUUACGUCGAUGAGUUCGCCUUUGCAGUACCACCGGCAGGAGCUCAGGAGCUAUCAUUUUCAGCAAAGGUCACGGAGCAGCGGCCUGGAGCGUUUCUGGGUAGCGUUGACGCUACUCUCGACGGCGGUAGCGUAGUCCUGAGCUCCAAAGGGUGGCAGCUAUCGAGAAUCGGUGGCUCUAAUGGCGCAAAUGAGGUUUCUAAUCCACACGGAGCUGCGGAGCUUGAGUGGAAAGAAGAUAUUGAGUUCGUUGAUCCCUCUUCUCUGAUCCGACCCGCGAUAGACGUCUCAAAGGUGGAGCUGUAUCGGCUGCUCGACCGGUUCAACAUACUUUCCCUCACCCGAACACUCGACAGCAUACGUCACGUUGCUCACCCUAAACGUGAACACCUGACCAAAUACCGGAAAUGGCUUCAAGACCUCGUCACUGGACUUUCUUCUGGCUCUCUCAUAUGCCCUGGAGUUCCAGACGCUGACUAUCUCGUCAGUAUGGCGUCGAAAGAUCGAGAUAUCCUGCUUUCAUCGCUUUUUAAAGACCUUGAAAAAAGCGAGGUCCAUGCUCCUGCAACAGCUAUUCAUCGUGUCAGCUCUUCCUGCGAAGGAAUCUUCAAUGGCGAUGUUAGCGAGCUUGAGCUUCUUCUGGCGGAUGGCGUACUUCAAAAUGUCUACAACUGCCUUCUUUUAGACACAGACUCGUCAAGUCUAUUAUCACUGAUUGGGCACAAGAAGCCAAACCUCCGCGUCCUGGAGAUCGGGGCCGGAACUGGAGGUGCGAUGGCCAGCACGCUCCAGAGCUUGACAUCGAGUCAUGGGCAGAGGAUGUAUCAGUCCUACACGUACACUGAUAUAUCUAGCGGCUUCUUUGCAGAUGCAAAGAAGAGGUUCGAAGAAUACGGGGGAAUUGAAUUCGCCAUCCUUGACAUCAGCAAAGACCCGUUGGAGCAGGGGUUCCAGGCCGAGUCAUUCGACCUCAUUAUUGCAUGGAACGUCAUACAUGCCACACCAAACCUUCACGAGUCGUUAAGCAACAUAAGGAAGUUGAUACACCCUGAAGGACGGUUCCUAUUGCAAGAGAUCUUUCCGAUCACGCCCUGGAUCAACCAUUGUUUUGGCGUCAUCCCAGGCUGGUGGCUUGGUGAAGCCGACGGUCGCGUUUCUACGCCCCAUGUCAGCUUUGAGAGAUGGAAGAAGGAGCUGUUGGGAUCCGGAUUCGGUGACAUAUCAAACAGUUUCGACGGCUACACGAACAACAACAUCAUUUGCCAGCCGGGCCAAGAUAUCAAGCAGGUUUUUGAGACUCUGCGGCGGGCUUCAUACGAAGUCGAUGAAUACAACUUGGAGGAUUCGGAAGCGAGUCUAACCCCAAAACAAGACGUCAUAUCCGUACUCGAUGUCUUUUCUCCCUUUUUCGCCGGUCUGACAGAGGAAAGAUUUGCACACUUUCAGCGAUUUGUCAAGAAUGCCCACGACAGUGACUGCGGUGUUUUGUGGAUUACUAGCCAAUGCCAGGUCGGCGAGAAUAUUCAAUCUCAGUACGCUCCGCUUUUCGGUUUAGCUCAUGUUCUACGGACAGAGCUUGGGCUUGAUUUUGCCACUCUCGAGUUCGAAAGUCUCUCCCCGGCAGCCAUCGCCAAUGUUGUCCCAAAGGUCUACCAUGAAUUCGGCAAGCGUGUCAAGAAUGACCCGGACAGCAACCCCGAGUAUGAAUGGGCGUACAUGGACGAAAAGAUUCUUAUAAGCCGUUAUCAGCAUAUUAACCUGACAGCUGAGUCUCAAUUGCUUCCAGAAAGCAUGAGCGUGCGAAAGCUCUCCCAGCGCAAGCCGGGACUCACUGACACACUGUACUGGAAGCCAAUGAUAACUCCAGGGCUCAACAAGGACGACGUCAAGAUCAAAGUGAAGGCCGUAGGCAUGAACUACAAGGACGUCCUCAUUGCUCAAAGCUUUAUCACCGACACAGCGGCUAUUCAAGAUGGACUUGGUCUAGAAUGUGCCGGCAUUGUCUUGGAAGUCGGCCCCGAUGUGGAUAGGGUCAAGGUGGGCGAUCGGGUCGUGGCCAUAUCUAGCGGGUCAUUCACAAACAUCAAAGUAACGUCCCAACAGCUAUGCUGCAAGAUACCGGACCAGAUGGGUUUCGAAGACGCUGCCGUAAUUCCUGUGGCACACUGCACUGCUUUUCAUGGGCUGUUCACCCAAGGCAAAGCAAUCAAAGGAAUGAGUAUCUUGAUCCACUCGGCUACGGGAGGUGUGGGCUUGGCGGCACUCCAGCUCGCUCAGAUGCUAGAAGCUGACAUAUACUGUACUGUCGGCAGCAAAGGUAAGAGAGACUUUCUCGUCGAGAAACUUGGAAUUCCCCCAGGCAAGAUUUUCAACUCCCGCGACUCAUCAUUCCUGCCGGGCAUCAUGGCAGCCACAGAGGGAUUGGGGGUGGACUUGGUCCUCAACCAACUAUCAGGAGAGCUGCUCCACGUUUCCUGGCAGUGCGUGGCUGAGUUUGGUACUUUCGUCGAGCUCGGCCGCCGGGACUUCCUGGGACAUGCGAAGCUGGCCAUGGACCAGUUUGAAUCUAACCGAACCUUCUGUGGUGUUGAUCUGGCACAUCUAUGGGCUCGCAAGCCCCGAUUCGUUAGGGAUAUGCUGGAGCGAGUCAUAGAUUUAUGGACACAGGGCCACAUUCAACCAUGCAUCGCCUCUACCUUCUCAGCCGCAGAAAUCUCCCAGCCCUUCCGACAAAUGCAACAGAGCCAGCACAUAGGCAAGAUCGUUGUAACAUUGCCAGAAGAAGCUGAAUCCCAGCUGCUUCCCACCGAGCCCAUCCACAAGACACUCGAACUACGGCAUGAUCGGUCAUAUCUCUUUACUGAUGGCCUGGGAUCUUUGGGUACCGUCAUUUCCUCCUGGCUUGUGGAAAAGGGGGCCAAGGAGAUCAUUUUCCUGUCUCGCUCUGCAAGUUGUCUGCCGGAGCAUGCCUCUUUAGCCAAAGAGCUGGCAUGUCUGGGUUGCAAUGUCAAAUUUGUUUCCGGCAACGUCGCCAAAUAUGACGACGUCGUUCGAGCAAUCAAAGUCGCCAAAAUGCCAAUCGGAGGGGUUCUGCACGCUGCAAUGGCUCUUCGGGACGCUGGCUUCCUCAGUAUGAGUUGGUCCGAGUGGCUUGCGGCGUCGCAGCCGAAGAUUAAUGGAACUAGGAACAUCGAUGAGGUCUUGCUGGAGCGGCAGCCUGACGUUCCGUUUGACUUCUUCUUCUUGUUCAGCUCCACAGCAGCAACAGGUGGAUGGUGGGGACAGGCCAACUAUCAUGCUGGGAAUGCCUACAUGGAAUCCUUCGCUGGUUAUAGGCGGAAUCUGGGACUAGCUGCAAGUGUUCUAAAUGUGGGCUUCAUCAGCGACGUCGGCUACGUAGCUGACCGACCUGAGGCAGCUGACUUGGCCAAGGCAACAGGUCAAUGGUUCAACACCGAGGUCGAGCUCCUGGACUGCAUUGAGCGGUUGCUGAUGGAACCUCCGACGGAAAACGGCGCUUCAGCUGCCUCGUGCCAUGUACAACCAUCUCUAUUGGCCAUGGGAAUGCGUUCCACCAUACCGCUUACAUCGAAAUCAUGCCGUGUCCCGUGGAAGAGAGAUCGACGAAUGCUUGCCCUUCGCAACCUGGACUCGGAUGACAGCAAAAUUCCUUCCGGCUCAGACAGCAUGGCGAAGGACGAGCUCAGCCAUGCCAUCCGAGAGCUCAGCUCUAACAUCGUUUCGCUCCAGUCAGGAGAGACCACAGAAUUCCUAGCAACGCAUAUUGGGAAAACCCUGCGCGAAUUCCAGUAG